GCUGCGUCCGGGAUGAGGGGACUUGGAGUGAGGAUUUUCGGGACAUCUCUACACAAUACACAGCCCGUGGGAAUCGGAUUCGGUUGGGCGAUCUACAGCCUACUUGAUGAACUAGACACUCCACCUGGAUCAUGGAUACGAUAUUGAAUCAGAAUAAUGUCUGGCUGCUUGGCCUGUGCAUGCUCGCGCUCUCAGGGAUUUAUCUCGUGGGAGAGCGGUUGCGCAGCUACACCAGAUCAAACCGCCGCCGCACACGCCAGCCAUCACCGUCAACAAACGAGAAGCAAGCACCCACCAACUCCCCGCCGGCCACGUAUGUGGACGCUCUCCCGCCGCAGCGCCGGCAGUCUCUCGCCUCGCUGCCACUCCCGGUGGCGUACAAAGACAUCGACGAGGAGGAGAUCAAGCAGCACAUCCUGUCUAUGACGGCCGACUACCGCACCAGCCCGGACCGAAGAUACACGCCGACGGGCUUCUCAAUCGGAGAGAUCAAGGCCCUGGGCGAAUUCCCGGACUACGCGACCCUCAGCGGCGUGCCAUUGCCGCAAGCGUACCGGGAAUUCGACAUCGACAGGGCGCUGCCUCGGCCGUACCGACCUUUUCGAUGGGCAUAUCAUCAGACGAUGUCCCUCACAAAAAUGGAAUCAGACUGGUGGAUCGAGCUCGAAAACACCUACCGCGCCCGCAUCGCGCAGCGCCAGGCUCUGUACGCCCAACACGGGUCGAAUGUCCUAGGCUCUCUGCCGGGCUCCGAGCUCGCGUGCAAGGAGCUGAUGGAAAUGGUGCUGCAAUUUGUCGCGGCGCGCUACCCGCAGUACUUCCAGCUCCAGAAGCUCGCGGGGGGGAAGGGACACGUCUUUCACAACCGCAUCCUCGGCACCGCGCAGGACGUGGGCAGCCGGCACCCGCUGGAGAUUUUGAUUGAGAACAUCCCCGAGGACUUUGGGAUCAUGUUGCGGGACGAGCGGACGGGGUUUUAUUUUUUGCGGGCAGGCGUGGUGUGCUCGUCGCUGGGGUGGAAUGUGGGGACAAAGAUCGGGAUGCAGCUGCAUGAGAUUCAUGAGAAGAUUCCGGAUUAUAAAGAGAAGAUGCAGUUUUCGAUGGAUCGAUUCUUCACGAAAAUGCCCACCGACAAACCCAUCCAGCGAGGGUCCUGGGGCAUCGAGGUGGGCGAACCGCUGUACAUGCCCAAGGGCGACCCGCAGGAGACACUCCGCGAGACCCAGAACCCCGAUCUGAAGCUGGAGGACUGCAACCUGCGCGUGGACUGGCAGACGCUGCGGCGGCUGCCGCUGUCCGCCGCUGUUGUGUUCAACUUCAAGGCGCUGUUCACGCCCGUCACCGAGUUCCGGGAUGAGCCUGGGGUGCCGGCGCUGGCGGCGACGGUCCUCAAGCAGGGCAAGAGGAAUCUGAUGGAGUAUAAGGGGACGUGGCAUGUGGAGCAUGUGGUAUUGCCGAAGCUGGAGAAGUGGGCGGAGGAGCAGGUGAAGAGGGGGUUGGUCGCUAAGGGCUGGGAGGUGGCUACGCUGGAGGAUAGUCCGUGGUUCCGGGGGUGGCAGGAGAAGUGGCAUCGGCAGCAGGGGUUCUAGUUAAUGCUUUUUUGUGUAUGAAUGGUUAUUUUGUAUCUGCUUAGAGUGGAAUAAGGUAAUCCUGAGAGACAUUUGCAUGUAGAUACGCCGAACGUGCCUCAGUUGAGGGCUUAUCUAUCUGAGACGGCUUUCCUGUGUCUCAGGAGUCCAGCAGCUCCAAGUGUUCGACCAGAGCCCUCGCGGGUUUUGAUCGCGCCUGAGCGUGACGAGCAAUGGGUGACUGAGCUAGCCCAAAGCUCGAAU